AGUUAAUAUAUAUGUUACCCAGGAAGAUUAUAUGAGACUAAUGCAAUUUUUAGGAGCUAGGGAUAGACAAAACCUGUGUUUGUGCUAAGUGGCUGAGGAUGUUACUGGAUGAUGUUCGGAUAUAACUUCCGUAUAUCUUCACGUCUCUGUGGUCUCGCAUAUAUGGAAGUUAUUAUAAUUCCCGGAUUUAUGGAUACACUAUGACUGAUUUCUACGGAUAAAGCAUUACUUACCUAUAAGAUUCCGGUAUCUGUUAUUUAUAGAUAACUACAUUGUUCCAUGUGGGCUCUGUUGACUCGCCUUAUGUGUAUAUAAAGUAGACCCGAUGUUGAAACUAGAGUCACUGCUGUGGAAGGCAGUGCCUAGGGACGAGGAGUUGGAGAAGUUACAGGGUGAUCUUAAAGGUGGCCCCAAGGAAACUAGUGGUGAGCUGUAUCGCCGCAUUGUGGAGCGCACUGCAGACGCUGUGUGCCAAGCUGACGUCCUGGAUUCACCGGUUGAGCUCAAUACUGAGAGCGUGCUUAUGCUAGAGGAUAUCGCAGCCACGGGUACCUGCCGCUACCCGUGGCCAGUAGUGAAGGUGCUGCUACUGGUAGUCUGGAGCAGGUUAUUCGACCAGAUAUACGAGCAGGAGAAACAGUGCAGCACUGACUCAAUGGACUCCAUGGACUACGCUGAGGAACGACGGUCACUCCUGGCUACGCUGAACAAGUUUGAAUGCGAGCCCCUGACUCUACAGCGACUGUGUGAAAUACCAAUCAACCAACCCUAUAAACGGGUAGACAACCUUAUGCACGCCUACAGAAGGGUGCUUCUGGUUAGGCAGAUGCUGCCCGAGGAGAUAGAAAGGUCAGAUGGCGUUCACAAGGACACUGGCGUGGAAAUGGAGGCUAUACUAGAGAAAGUGGCCACCAGCGGCGCUUCCUGGACUAAAGCCCUGGACAACCCAGAACGACGCGCCUGGGAUGAAGAUUCAUGGAUGGGACUCUGGGAAGACACUGACAAUCCUAAGCUAGGUCCACUGAAGCGGUCACUGGAAGUAUAAUGUCUCGUGUGACUAAUAAAGCCACGAGAUAUAAAUAUCAAUUAGUACCGGGUUCUGUUGGUAAUUUCAACAAUGAUCGCAAAAGGGCGAUGCGCCCCUGUUGGUCCAGGCGCUCCCACUGCCGCGUGUACAGCGGCAGUACCUCGAAACCUGAUUUCUGCAGGUGCUGCAUCACGCGGGAAGACUCGCCAAUGGCAUGCAGAUGCUCCAGCGUAUUGGCACUGGAGCAUGGGUAUGCCUCGUUGCGCGGUACGCGCCAAAUCAGCUCAUCACUGGGUGGUACACAGUAUAACACGCGGCCGCUGUCGGUGAAUACCAGGUGCGCAAAGUACGCACCUGUAACCUGAGGCUCCCCGGCAGUCACACCCAGCUGUGACAGGCAUCCCUGGUAAAUAUUAAUCAACUUGUCAACAC